AGACGGGACGACUCCAGCAGCACACCGACUGACUCCCGACUCGCUAUCCAUCCUCACGGUGUUCCCCUGUACCGCUGCCUGUCCGCUACUGCAGGUGGAGGCUGAGAUCGCCCAAGCAAGUCAGCCCUACCUUGCUCCGUUUCUGGACUUGGGAUCCGUGCCCGUGCCCGCGAGGACAGCACAUUAAAGGAGUACUUUCCCCCUAUUCUUGCUACCUUGACUCUGGUGCUAUCUGGCAUCACUUUCAGUCAUGUCUAGCUACAUAACAAACUUCUUUCCCAGCGGCGGGAAGCAGGAUGGUACCAGGCCGCAGACCCCCAUGAAGGCGGGCACCUCGAGCUUCGUCAACCCCGUCAGCACACCCCAGGGGAGUCCCAGCAAGAGGACCCUCCCGCCUGGCGCCAAUGAGCUGCCUGCGGCGUUUGAGUCUAUGAAGCUUUCAACGCCCACCAAGCUCGCGACGUCAUCCAAGCUCGGGACAGCAUCCAAGCUCGGCACACCAAGUGCCCUCGACAGUCCCAUUAAGCUCGGUCGUCCCCAGAGUGUGGCCACACCUCUCUCGCCUGGAAAGAGCAACCUCAAAGACGUGGACGAUGAUACCUUUGAGGACCUCACGGGCAAUGGCAGUGUUGUUAGUGUCAUCCACAAGCAGGUGGACAAGAACUUGCCGAAACCAUACCCUGUGCCCACGCCCAGGAGAAAGGAAAGGGAACAGAACCAGGAGAACACACCACCAGUCGUGACCCGCGACCCCCGCGACCCUGCCAGUGAGCCAACAUAUCAGCGCAGCCAUGCUGCCCUCUCCCGACAGGAGCUUUACCAGACGAGGGAGCGCGCCUCACCCACAGUCAAGAGAUUUAACACGUCGAGGGGACUCACUCCCGAGGAGCGCGAGCUACUAAACAAGCCCAAUGUCAAGCGACUGGUCAAUGUGACCCAGCUGUACUUCCUCGACUACUACUUUGACUUGCUCACCUAUGUCGGACAACGACAAAACCGUCUGAAUGCCUUCAAGGCCGAAUUCCCUCCACCACCCGAGACCGACGAGGAGACGUACAAGCAGAUGUGGCACAAGUACGCUGGUCGGGAACGUGCUAAUCUCCGCAAGCGACGAGUGAGACUGCGCCAGGGCGACUUCCAAAUCCUUACCCAGGUCGGCCAAGGUGGAUACGGACAGGUCUUUUUGGCCCAGAAGAAGGACACCAAGGAGGUUUGCGCGCUCAAGGUGAUGAGCAAGAAGUUGCUGUUCAAGCUGGACGAGGUGCGACAUGUGCUGACGGAGCGAGACAUCUUGACAACCGCCAAGAGCGAUUGGCUGGUACGCUUGCUGUACUCCUUCCAAGACGACAAGAACAUUUAUCUUGCCAUGGAGUACGUCCCGGGAGGCGAUUUCCGCACCUUGUUGAACAAUACUGGCGUUCUCUCGAACCGGCACGCUCGCUUCUACAUCGCCGAGAUGUUUUGCGCGGUCGAUGCGCUUCAUCAGCUGGGUUACAUUCAUCGCGAUCUCAAGCCGGAGAACUUCCUGGUUGACUCGACUGGUCACGUCAAGCUCACCGACUUUGGUCUGGCGGCUGGUUUCCUUGCCCCUGCCAAGAUCGAGUCGAUGAGGAUUCGCUUGGAGAAGGCAUCUGAGACCUCGGUGCCGUUUGGCAAGCCGAUGGACCAGCGAACCGUUGCCGAGAGAAGAGAGGGCUACCGGACAAUGCGUGAUCGGGAUACCAACUACGCCAAGUCGAUUGUCGGAUCUCCAGACUACAUGGCCCCUGAGGUGCUGAGGGGCGAGGAGUACGACUAUACCGUCGAUUACUGGAGUCUGGGUUGCAUGCUGUUUGAGGCUCUGACAGGUUUCCCGCCUUUUGCUGGAUCUACCGCAGACGAGACUUGGCGCAAUCUCAAGCACUGGAAGGAGGUUCUCAAGCGUCCGGUCUGGGAAGAUCCCAACUACUUCCUCAGCAACCGGACAUGGAGCUUCAUCACGACCUGCAUCAACUCCCGAUCGCGGCGCUUCAACAACAUUAAGGAUAUUUUUGCCCACCAUUACUUUGCCGAGGUCGACUGGGCCAUUCUGCGCGAGACUAAGGCUCCGUUCGUGCCCGAGCUGGACUCGGAAACUGAUGCCGGCUACUUUGACGACUUCAGCAACGAGGCUGACAUGGCCAAAUACAAGGAGGUGCAUGAGAAGCAGCAAGCCCUCGAGGGUUUGGCUGAGCGUGGCGAGGAGAUGAACAAGAGCUUGUUCGUCGGGUUCACGUUCCGUCAUCGCAAGCCGGCGACGGAUGAUGGCGCGAGUCCGAGGAAGCCAAUUCCAUUUGAGGAAAGCAACACUUUUGGUACGAUGCUGUAGAGCCAGCAGCGGCAACACCAAGAGGAGGAUGAGUGGCAGGAGCCAUCCUCACAGAUAUCGUUUCAGCAUGACGAGGGCGAGAGUGUUUUGAUUUGUGGAAAUUGCGGUACGGAUACAUGGGAUGGUCGAUACCCGUUGUCGAGUGAUAUGGACAGCCCUUCGCGCCGGUCCCGGUGGACCAAGGCAGAUCGUCAACAGAUGUAUGCAGGGAGAGAAUAUGACUUGCUGUAGACUGGAGGGAUGGAUUUUGUCUGAGUAUCAAGGGAGGCCGACUAGGAAGGA